GGAGAAGAAACCUUGCUGAGGCUUUGCUAGCUGCUGCUUUUUCCCCUGACAUCCCUUGAAGGGCACCUCUACUGCGAUGGGGAGGCAAAAGGACGUUCUUGCUACUAUUGAGGACCACCUGAGGAUCAGAAACAAACUGGUCCGGCAAGCACUGGCUGAGUGCCUGGGGACGCUGAUCCUGGUGCUCUUUGGCUGUGGUUCCGUUGCACAGAUCAUUCUCAGCAGAGGGAGUCAUGGAGGUUUCCUGACUGUUAACCUGGCCUUUGGCUUCGCUGUGACUCUUGGCAUUUUGAUUGCAGGACAAGUAUCAGGUGGACAUCUGAACCCAGCUGUCACUUUUGCUAUGUGCUUCUUGGCUCGGGAGCCCUGGAUCAAGCUACCAAUUUAUGCCCUGGCCCAAACCCUGGGGGCUUUUCUGGGAGCUGGCAUAGUCUUUGGGCUGUACUACGAUGCCAUCUGGGCUUUUGGCAACAACCAGCUGCUUGUAACAGGACAGAAUGCCACUGCUGGUAUCUUUGCCACCUAUCCAUCUCAGCAUCUGAAUGUUGUGAAUGGAUUCUUUGACCAGUUCAUUGGCACCGCUUCCCUGAUCGUUUGUGUUUUGGCUAUUGUUGAUCCCUACAACAACCCUGUCCCCACGGGUCUGGAGGCUUUCACAGUUGGCUUUGUUGUCCUUGUUAUUGGAACCUCCAUGGGCUUCAACUCUGGCUAUGCUGUUAACCCUGCCAGGGACUUUGGGCCUCGUCUCUUCACAGCCAUUGCUGGCUGGGGCUCUGAAGUGUUCUGGACUGGUAAACAGUGGUGGUGGGUUCCAGUUGUUGCUCCUUUCCUUGGGGCCAUCGCGGGAGUGAUAGUCUAUCAGCUGAUGAUUGGAUGUCAUGAUGAGCCUUCUCCACCUGCCUCUGAGCAGGAAACAGUGAAGCUGGCUAACGUGAAGCAUAAGGAGAGGGUCUGAGAAAGCUGCCUCCCAGAUCUGGCAGACAUUCAUUGCUCAGGACUGCAGCGAAGAGGAGUAAGGGGUUAAGAAGAGCUUCAAGAACAACAGGAAGAGUUUUUUUCCUGUCUUGAGAUAUUAUAGCUUUU